CAAUACAUUUCCCUCCAGCCACCUCUUUCAGACCUCCUUACACAUCAAUUCCACCAUCCCAUCAUUACAAAACAGAUAUUUACAAAAGAAUAUACCGAUAAAUCAAUACAUCACCUCAUAUCUUCUAGUUACUCAAUCACCAACCCUCACUCAAUCAAAAUGCUCCUCAAACGCAAGCGCUCCGACUCCGAGAUGUCCAGCCAGAGCUUCUCCAUGUCCGCCAGCCCAACACAAUCACUCACCAUGGCCUCAACCCCCUACCCAUCCCAAUUCGGGCAUGAAAUCACCCCCCUCCACCUCUCCAGCCGGACCAGAAAACGCGUUCGCGAUAACCGCCCCUCGGAGCACCAGAUCCACGAAAACACACUCAACCUUCUCUUCUCAGCCCAAAAACAACACCAGCAGCAAGCCGAACCCACAUACCCGCAGCAAGAACCUACAACCCUCAUGUCCGCCCCGCCCCAGCAGCAAUCCUCACUCCACUCCUUCUGGGCCCUCCCAGCACGUCGCGACCCCAGCGCCCAUUCGACCACCCCCUCAUCAGCAGCGCCAUGCUUCCAGGAGACGAACUGCGAGGACUGCGAUUUGGUGCUUGUUAAUGGGGAUGGCGAUGCGAUGGAGAUGGAUAUCGAUGUUGAUAUGUACGGCGACGGCGGGGCGCACGGGUUUGCGUGCUCGCAGUGUAGGAGGCAGGUGCGUCACGGGUGUGCGGUGUCGAAUUUGGGGGUGCAGAGGAGGUGUCUUAUGUGUGCGGGACAGAGGAGGUGGGUUGGGGGGUUGGGGUGGGUUAAUGUUUGAAGGGAGGGGAGGGGUGUGUAGAGCGUGGCUUUCUAUCCUGGCAACUUACUUUCCCACCAAGAAGCAACCCAUUUUCUCGCAAUAAAGCUCGCAAUAAAGCUCGCAAUAAAGCUUUCAACUAUUCCUCUCUUUGGUCACGGCCCUCGCCAGCAUUGCUACCGCAGAUGUUGCAGCCGCAGAUGGGAUUGUAUAUAACUUGCAACAAAAACAUAUUAAAAAUCAUCGUGGGCAGGAUUUGAACCUACGCGGCCGAAGCCAUAUGAUAUCUAUCGCAUUAAAGCAUUCGAGUCAUACCCAUUAACCACUCUGGCACCACGAUGGUUGGAUUAGGUAGAAUGUGCGCAGAGGAUAUGAUAUUUCCGAGGGCGCCGUGGAAACUCAUGAGGGUAUUUUAUGUGGUGUUGUCGCUCCUUCCUGGCAGUGUAAUAACAACCCACAGGUGCAUCGAGCAUCGAGCAUCUCUAACUCUUGUACUCUCUCUACUCUUCUACUUACCCUUGUAUGCCUGUCUACACUCCAGAGUAUGUACCUCUUCUAGUGGAGGUACCUGGACCCCAUAUCUCAACUCGCUUACCGCGUCUGUGGCAGAACGUUCUGUGGCCCAUCCAGCCUUCCUUUGUCCUCGAUCUUUCUUGGCCU